AUGGAAGCGUGCAAGUUGGUAGCGCAAGCGGGUUUCUUGUACUCCCUGCACGGUUUGUGGUUUGGCGACCAUCAUAAGUCUCCGGACUGCCAGAAGAGGUAUGACACUUCAUCGCUGGAUCCGCGACUGAUGCCGCUUCUCACCAAUGACCCGUUUCGUGAAUAUGAGCGCCAUGGUUACCUGUUUGACAGUGAGGAGGCUUAUUUCUCUGCUGUUAACAGUGAGUUCUUGCAGCGAUUGCAGGGCGUAUCGUACAUCAGCUACCUUGUGGUUGCCAACCACGGCAAUGGUUACGUGGCUCAGCAGAUAGGACUUUCGAAGGAGCGGGUGGCACACGGGCCAAGUGGCUUUGAGGCUAAAGACUACAACCUUCCUACAGAUUUCACGGCAGCGCAGGAUGAGCCGGAGGAGGAACCCAUCUCACUCCAGGCACUUUCAAUGGCGCCUUUGCUCAACGAUUUUCGAGAAAAAAUGCAGGCAGAGUACGCGGCUGUAGCGAAGACAAAGCUCCCGUGGACUCCAACAAGUCACGAAGGCGACUCUUACGGCGGCUUGGCGUAUAUCGAUUCAGACGAAGGGUUUCCAGUGACCGCAGCCCAGAUGCAGAAGCGAACGGACCUGGCUCACGCAGCCGUCGCGACUGGCAAGACGUUUCUGAUUCAACACGUCGCACUUGCAUUGCAGAAACAAGGACGAAGGGCAUGUUAUCUUGCGCCGCCCAACGCGUUGGCUAACGAAUGCCAGACGGACAUGGAGAAGAAGGUGCCGAGGAGCGUUUCGGUUGGUGGCGUCUAUGGUGUGGCGUUUGAAUAUGGCGGCCUGGCCAACGGGCAGUCUGUUAAAAAACUUCAAGGCAAGUUCGACGCAUUCCUCGUCGACGAGGCCGGCCGUGGCAGCGCCGCACAACUGCUUGCAGCACUCUACCGGCAGCCGUCAGUUUCAAAGAUCGUCUUGGUUGGGGAUCCAGAGCAGCUGCCGCCUUACGUGAAGUCCUCGCUGUGGAUGGAGACUCAGCCGUGGCAGGGCGCGCUAGGCCUGGUGACGGCUACCGGCGCUAGCACCGCCAUGCUGACAACAAAUUACCGGUGUCCAAGCGCACGCGUGGCCCCGAUUGGGAAGCGGCAGUACGGAUGCACCCUUCAUUCAGGCCCGAUGGUCAAUCCUGGGUUUGGCUUGAAGGCGCGAUUGCUGGACGAGCCUGCCAGGAGUUCAGGAACGUCAUGGAUAAAUCGCUCGGAGGCCAAGUGGGCCGCUGAGCGGUGCAAGUUCUCACUGGGAAACGGUUUUACUCCAGCGGUCGCUUGCCUGUUUGAGGCCCAGCGUCAGCUUAUCAAGCAGGAGUUGAAAAAGGCUGCAACUCCCGGUUGGAUCGGUUCACUUCUUCGAAGCCUUGAGAAUGUCGCCGUGCUCACAGUUGAUUCAGCGCAGGGUGUGACACGUGAGGCCGCGAAGCAGCACCCUGUUGAGCUUGACCUUCUUUGCCUUGCUGUAAGAAAGAUGCGCAGGCGCGCUUCGAUCAUUAGCGCUGCUGACGCCGGAGGUCUGCGCGCCGUCAUUGAAGCCAUCAGCUCUGGGUGCGACGCCAUGAAUGCACCAGCUAUGCGUACGCUCGGAUGGCGCGGUUGCGCAUCACAGUGCGUAUUUGACCGCUUGGUUGUUUCGCGCAAGCAGAACUUUACGCCAGAGCUGUGGGACAUGGACGUCAUUGUCUCGACAGAGGGGCGCGAUCAUGAUGCGCGCUGGAAGUCAUUACGGUCGAUCUUUUCGCGCCCAGCCGUUACUGGCAGGCUAGUUCGCCAGCAGUUCCAAGAACCUCUGGAGUUCUUCGACGUGUCCACAGACGAGGCCUUCGUGCGUUACGCCGAAUCGCUUCGGUACCGGGCAUUCUGCGGGAGCCUCACUGACGUUUAUGCGGCGCUGGAGCAGGGCGAACACUUUGGGGUUGCGUUGGAGGUCACAGUUCAGUGCCUUCACGCCGUGAAGAGAGCAAGGAUAACAGAUGCCGCGCGCGACAUGCUCGGCGAGCUCUGUCAGAGGAUCAACCCUGAGCGUUCUUCAAGCGGGCUCAUCAAGAGAUCGGACCUUAUUGCUCGCGCCUGUGAGACAUAUCACAGAGCCGACGUUCUGUUUGCACUGAGCUGCUUGAGUCGCGACAGGGCUGUGAUGGUUGAGAUGGUUGACGGCGAGGAGUACAUUCGCGCCGCGCACGGUCAUCGCUUUGCUGUUGACUAUGCAGCCUUCCUUCCGCCUUGGACGCCAUCAGCGGCCGGGGAGUCUAGAUUUCUGUUUCACGGCACAUGGACGGACACUCUCGACAGCAUCGAAGCUCAGGGGCUUCGGUCCAUGGCCAAGAGCGCCAUCUAUCUCCAAACAGGGCCGGGCGAGCAAGUCCCAGGCAAGGGCCGCUCAAGAUAUUCAGCCCAUGUCAUUGUUGAUUGCCACCUCGCUCACAGGAAAGGUGCGCGAUUCUACGAACUCCCGAACCGGGCGCUAGUGAUGGCGCUUCCUGAGUCACUGUAUUCUGUGCCACCAGACAUGAUCAUCGCAUGUGAUGUCCGGCCGGAUGGGCUGCACGUUUGGCGUAAGGGACCUGGGCGCGAUUUGGAGACGUUCUAUACGCUUCGUGACCACGGGCGGGUCUCCGCUGCUGGCCGGGCUCCGUUUAUCGGCACCUAUCGUCUGCCGCAAGACGAGGCUGAUGUCUUCGCCAAUGCGUGGAAGGGCAAUAGCUGGCCCCAACUUCGGAGAAACUUCGACGCCGACCGCACCCAGCGAGUCGCUUGCUUCUGGACGAAGAAGUCCCUUACUGGCGACCAGAUGGAGGCUGAGUUCGACACGUUCAAAGCCGUGGUUGAAGCCUCAGGGGAGCGGUUUCUGAGCCGACGCGUCACAACCUCCGGGCCCACGGUUGGCACCAUCGCUGGCGACGUGCACCAGGGGCUUUUCACUGCCAAGCACAGUGAGCGCAUCUCCGACGCCGGCAACAAGCUGCACAUCGUGGACGUCUACACGAAGUGGUGCGGCCCGUGCAAUGCCAUGGUGCCCACGUUCAAGAACCUGCAGGUGAACGUUGACGCUUUCGAGGACCGCUGCACCAUCUCGCAGGUGGAGAGGAACAUGCUGGACGAGUACAGGGAGCGGUUCCCGGACACCAGCAAGCCACGUUUCCUCUUCUACAAGGAGGGCCAGGAGGUCAAUUUUGUGGAGGGCGUCAAGGCACCAGAGAUCCUCGAGAUUAUUGAGAAGAAUCUGCCACCGCUGGAGGUCGACGACUGA